GCUAGGCCCCCCGAGUGGGCGUGGCCUCCGUGUCCUAGGACUUUCCUGACCACUGGGCUGGGGCGCUGGGUUGUCAAGGCGACCGUGGCCAGUGCUGCUGAGUCGGUUGGAGACGCAGCGCGCAUUGAGGAUUGUGUACCUGUCGGGAGUGGAUCGCAGUGGCCGUUUCCCGGUAGGACCUGGAAACUAACCAUGGGAAGCAAGAAGAAGGAGCUUGCCCUGCAGUUGUUGAUGUCUACCAAGGCUGGUGCGGCCCCUGCAAACCUGUGGUGAGCCUCUUUCAGAAGAUGAAGAUCGAGUUUGGCCUGGACCUUCUACAUUUUGCAUUGGCAGAGGCAGAUUGUCUUGAUGUCCUUGAAAAAUACCGAGGGAAGUGUGAGCCCACCUUUCUGUUUUACGCACAUCUUGGAUAUAUUUCACAUCUUUCUGAUGAUGUUCAAGUAUAACAAGAAUGACUUUCAUGGCAGUCACCCAGCAUCAGGAAAGCUCCGCUUAGUAAAAGGGAAGUAGUGACACUAGUAAUGUAAAGCAAUGACAUGGGUAUUUUAUGAGCGAUUAUCUGAACUGGGAAGCUGAGGCUUCUUUUAGUGUCUCUUUCUGAAAUACCAGACAGCCUUUCUCCCUGCAGCCCCACGCCCUACACCACAUACCCUAUGUCCUACUCUUUCCCUGACUUCGUAAGUAGCAACUCACAAGUUUGGCACUUGUGGGGACAGCAGCCCUUUCUGGACUUUCCUCUGACCACAGCAACCUGGCCUGCAGUGUGAAGACUGAGAGUUAAACAGGCUGCUGCUGGGAAGAUAUUUCUUGGUGGUAAUUGGAGCACCAGGGGAACCAAAUUAUGUCAGGAGCUAAGCUGAUAAAGAGAAGGAAGUUUUAAAAUUAUUAUUGCAUGCAGUAGAAAGGCUGUUUUUUCCUGUGUGGAUAAGAACCGUUUGAAUUGGAUUCUAAAAAGGAGACAGUUUAGAAAAGGAAGACAACUGUGUGAAAAGAAAACUAGCAAUUUGGCUCCUGCAGGAAACAUUUGUUGCCUCAUUUUUGUGUUAUAUCCUCUUUCUUCCCACCUCCAUCUUCUUCCCAAAUCAAGUCUCUCUAACAUAGGAAACCACAGCACAUACCUUUUCAGUUCACGUUUGUCAGAUUUUCAGAGUAGAAAACCUCCGUUAAAUGUAGGUAUUGUUUUGUUUCACUGUGACACAACCAAUAUAAAGCUGAAAAGUAGAAAAUGGACAGUGCGGGGAUGCUGAUUCUGGAAUCCACCAAGGCUGUACUCAUAUAUACAGGAAGGUAAUGGAGAGGGGCUCCUGGGUAUGACCAGACCUCCCUACAGCUCCCUGAGGACCUGCCCACAGCUUGGGCCUAAGUAGUGGGCUUUGCUCCUGUGGCCCCUCCUUCACUGCUCAGCUGAUGGAUGGCAGACACAGACCUAAGGGAAGUUAAUCCAUAAACCAGCCAAGUGGUAGAGCACUUGCCUAGCAUGCACGGGGGUUCAACCGCAGCACUACAAAACAAAAAGACAAAAAAAUCCUAAAACCAAAACAACAAAAUGAGUGGGUCAAUCUGGCCUUCUCUAAGGGAAACUUGACCUGGGACAGGACUGAAGCUGCAAUAUGGUAACAUGUGCUAGAGCUGACGAGUCCAGGAAAGAUAAAAAGCAGCAGAAGCAAAGUAGCCACUGGAGCUGACAGCAGUUAGAAGCUGAGAAUCAGGAGACAUGGGUAGGAAGGGAUGAGGGUGGCUGGGCCUGUGUUGCCUCUGCUCCAGCACCCCUGCCUGCCCAACUCCAGGCCAACCCAUUCAGUUGUUUCUGGGCUUCUGUUCCAGUCUUUCAGCACCCUCCCCACCACGUGUUCUCCUGACCCUGGGUUCAUUGAGCAUGUUUCCUUCCCACUGAGCCAGGUUGAGGUUGAGCUCUGGAGCCAGCCUUAUACUUUCCUGGAAUCUAGGUCUGUAGAGGCACAGCCAAGACGCCUGGGGAGGUAUCCCGGAAGCCAAGCCUUAUCCCUGCCACCUGUGUCAUCUGAGAAGACCUGUACCCUGGCUAUCAUUAAACCAGAUGCAGUGGUCCAUGGAAAGACUGACGAGAUUAUUGUGAAGAUCCAGGAAGCUGGGUUUGACAUUCUAACACAUGAAGAGAGAAUUAUGACAGAGGCAGAAAUGCGACUUUUUUACCAACACAGAGCUGGAGAGAUCUUUGAAAAGCUGGUAUAUCACAUGUGCAGUGGCCCGAGCCAUCUCCUGAUCCUCACCAGAACAGAGGACACCAAGGAUGUGGUUACUGCCUGGAGAGACCUAAUGGGACCCUGUGACCCCAAUGUGGCUAGGAGGGAGCAGCCUGAAAGUCUUCGGGCUCAGUACGGCACAGAAAUGCCCUUUAAUGCUGUCCAUGGAAGCCGAGAUAGAGAAGAUGCCAACAGAGAGCUGGCAUUGCUUUUCCCCAGUUUUAAGUUUUCAGAUGAAGAUACCAAAGCCUUUCAGGGUGCUGCAGCUGAAGGAGCAGUGAGCCCCACAGAGGCAUACUGUGUCCCCGAGGACAUGAACCAAGAUGCUGUACUGUUCUUCUGAGCACAUGACCCAGGGCAAGGCCACAAGGCCAUGACAUGAAAUGUCUGAGCACUCUUGUCUGCAUGGAAGGAACUUCACAAUAGGAACUUUUUGUGCACCAGUGCCUUCUUGGUUCAGCUAUCUUUGUGGACAAUGAAAAUAACAGUAUAUACUUUCUUGCUUUCUUAAACAGUAUACAAAAUAUAAAACUUUUUUCCUGGAUUUUAGAAAAUAUGCAUGAGUUACUGUAUUCUGAUGAAACAUGGUAUCACAUGAGGGGAUACUGAGUCACACAGGGCAAUGUCUCCCCAACAAUAAAUCUACAUUGAUAAUC